AGGCAAAGAUUCCCGUGACCCUUGAAUCUCCAUAUAAGUUAACAUCCCCCAUCCAAAUCAAACCCCCUCCUUCCCCUUCAUUUGUCCAAACUUUGCACUCUUUAGCACUCUAGCACCCUCACCCUCUCUUGUUCUCUUUCUUAUUAACCAACCAAAAAAUAGUGGAGUUAUUUUAAGAUAUAAAAUGCAAAGUUCAUCAGGGUCAUUGUUGAAACAGUUGAGCAUGAAAGAAGCUUGGAAAUCAACAUCAAACAGGUGGAGCACUGCAAAUGACAAAUACAACAACAGUGGGGGAGGCUGUGAAGCGAGUGUGAAUCAGAUGAAAGGUGUUGGAAUGCAUGGGAAUGAGGAAAAUGCUGGAACAGUGGUGAAGAAGAGAGUGAUGGUGGUGGUGGAUCACACUUCACAUUCCAAGCAUGCUAUGAUGUGGGCUCUCACUCAUGUAGCAAAUAAGGGUGAUUUGCUCACUCUGCUUCAUGUUGUGCCUCUUGACUCAGCUUCUGAUUCUUCUUCUUCUUGUUCUGCACAUCUUGUCAAUUAUCUCAGGUCCCUUUGCAGAGAUUUCAAGCCUGAGGUGGAAGUGGAAGCACUUGUAAUCCAAGGCCCAAAAUUGGCCACAGUGAUGAGCCAAGUGAAGAAGCUGGAGGUCUCUGUCUUGGUAUUGGGCCAAAAGAAGCCAUCUUAUCUCUUCAGCUGCCUGUGUGGAAGCACAACUAGUAGCAGCUCUGAAGAGUUUGCUGAACAUUGCAUCAACAAAGCAGAAUGCUUAACAAUAGGAGUGAGGAAGAGAAGCCAAGGCACAAAUGGCUACUUCAUCAGCACAAGGUGGCAGAAGAACUUCUGGCUACUGGCCUAGAUCUUCAUAGCUAUUGACUUUAUAAUUAAUUGUGCUAGUUAAUUAAUUAGGAUCAAGAUCCCAUAUAAGGGAUAAAUGGGAAUAUUAACUCUCAUAUUUACAUGUAUCAAUUAUCAUCAUCAGUUCUAACUAUAUUGUACUUGUACUGAUUAAGUGACUCGGUGGCAUCAAAUUAAUUGCAUAGUAUAUCUACUAGAGUUAUGAUACAUGAUAAUAAGGCAUGAUUGUGAACCA